ACGACGCUCACCCUCUCUCACUCUGGCUUUCCUCUUUUUGUCUCAUCUCUCUCCCUCGAUGCACACGUAAAACAUACAUUUCCAUUUCUAGAUUCAGAUACCUUUCACUCCACGCAAUCUGUCCUACACUCCUACCUCCUAUCUGUCCAGUUUCACUUUGUCCUCUCUUCCAUCCAGAUAUCUAGAGCUCCUCCUCACUGUGUCUGUAUUAUACACACACAUAGUGCUCUCUUUCUCCAGAAAAUUCCAUGGCCGACUCCUCACCGCCCAACCAUCAUCGCCGUCCGAGCUCCUCCGAUUCCUCUACGGACAUCUCAGUCGAUCUCGAAUCCCUACCUCCCGCCGUUGACGUCAAUGUCGAUGCCGACUCUUCCGGCGAGGGUACCAUUGAAAUUAAGGUUACUGAGAGUGUGCCUGGAGAAGUUUUGGCUGUUGGAAGGUCAGAUGCAAGUUCGAGUUCCAGUGAGCGUAGAAAGUCCAAGAAAAAUCAAACCCCAGGACUGUUGGCAGCUAAGUUUUUCGACGUGAAAAUUCCACCCAAGAAGAAGCUUAAAUGGUUAAAACGAACUGCUAUGGUUAAAGAUGAUGGGACUGUUCAAUUUGAAGUUCCAGGAGAUAUUAAACCCCAAAACCUUGAUUUUGGUACUGGAGAUUUUUAUAAGGAAGCCGCAGACACAGAACCUGUUGAAGAAGUUCUAGGUGUACCUCCACUGCAAAUUGUGAUGCUUAUUGUUGGAACACGAGGAGAUGUACAGCCAUUUCUUGCCAUCGGAAAACGUUUGCAGGAGUGGGGCCAUAGGGUUAGACUAGCAACUCAUGCUAAUUUCAGAGAUUUUGUCUUGACUGCUGGGCUGGAGUUCUUUCCUUUAGGUGGAGAUCCAAAAGUUCUUGCUGAUUAUAUGGUCAAGAAUAAAGGGUUCUUACCGUCAGGACCCUUAGAAAUUUCUAUCCAGCGAAAUCAAUUAAAAGAAAUUAUAUUUUCUUUACUUCCUGCAUGCAAGGAUCCUGAUCCCGAAUCCAAAGUUCCUUUUAAAGCAGACGCAAUAAUAGCCAAUCCCCCAGCAUAUGGACAUACUCAUGUUGCUGAGGCGCUAAGAGUACCACUCCAUAUAUUUUUCACAAUGCCAUGGACGCCUACUAGUGAAUUCCCCCACCCUCUAUCCCGUGUUAAGCAACAACUUGGAUAUAGACUUUCUUAUCAGAUUGUUGAUGCAUUAAUUUGGCUUGGAAUACGAGACAUCAUUAAUGAGUUCAGGAAGAAAAAGCUAAAGUUAAGACCUGUUACAUAUCUAAAAGGAUCUUAUAGCUCUCCUCUUGAUGUUCCCUAUGGAUACCUAUGGAGUCCUCACCUUGUUCCCAAACCAAAAGAUUGGGGACCUAACAUUGAUGUAGUUGGAUUUUGUUUUCUUGACCUUGCGUCAAAUUAUCAACCUCCAGAUUCACUAGUGAAAUGGCUUGAAGCUGGUAAAGAGCCCAUCUAUGUUGGGUUUGGUAGCCUUCCUGUUCAAGAACCAGAGAAAAUGACCAACAUUAUAGUUGGAGCGUUGGAAAUCACUCGGCAAAGAGGCAUCAUUAACAAAGGCUGGGGUGGUCUUGGAAAUUUGGCAGAACCGAAGGACUUUGUGUACUUACUGGACAAUUGCCCGCAUGAUUGGCUAUUCCCAAGAUGCAUCGCAGUGGUACAUCAUGGGGGUGCCGGAACAACCGCUGCUGGCCUUAAAGCUGCGUGUCCAACAACAAUUAUCCCAUUCUUUGGAGAUCAACCAUUCUGGGGAGAGCAGGUGCAUGCCAGAGGAGUAGGUCCUGCACCUAUCCCAGUUGAUGAAUUCUCACAGGAGAAGUUGGUUGAUGCCAUAAACUUCAUGCUAGAUCCUAAGGUGAAAGACAGCGCUGUUGACCUGGCCAAGGCCAUGGAAAAUGAAGAUGGGGCGACAGGAGCAGUGAAAGCCUUUCACAAGCAUUUUCCUUCUAAAAAAUCUGAGGAUGAACCUGAGCCACUGCCUGAGCACUCUAGAGUAUUUUCCAAAUGGCAUUGUUUUAGUUGCUCAUGACUUUUCCUUUUCUUUUGUCCCCUUUGUGAGCGUCCAGUCAUACUCAAUAGUCUGAAAUUCUGAUACUUUUUAGCUUAGAGAUCUGCUUAUCAAAAGGAAGAAGUAAAGCUUUAGUCUUUCACA